AUGUAAUACGCGCGGCAGCCCGGGAGGAAGUGGCUGUACGGAUUGUGUUGGAGUAGCGAGCUAAUAGGUAGGGCUCGGGGUCCAGGCCUUAUCGGGGGUGGUGUGUAAGCUGCUGGCGCCGGGGAUAUUAGAUUGACAAUCAUGUCAGGACAAAGGAUGACCCGUGAAGCCUUUGAUGCCAUAGUGCAAGAGAAAAUGAAAAGGUACCGUGUAAGCAUGGACCAAGCCAUGUCGGAUACUUUACGUGAAUUGGAUGGCCCAUCCUCGUCGAGAAGACCAGUAAAUGACAUGGACGCUCUUUACAGAGAUAAACAAAGGUAUCCCAUGCAUGAUGUCCCUUACGGUUCUUUAGAUGGAGACUGGGAUAUGGAGAUGAGGAGAGAUGGUAUUUCAAACCAGCCUUACCGUCGAGAAUUAGACAGGGAACUCUCUGGUGGAAGAAACUUCAAUCCUCUUUUAGACAGAUGGGGUUCUAAUGACCCAAUUGUAAAGGAAAGAUUAUACCGAGAAGAACUACAUGCUACAAAUCGGCAGCUUGGUGAACUUGAAAACUUAAGAGACUUGAGCUUAUCUCGUAAAAAUUGGGAUCUUGAUCACCCUCUUCGUGAACCAGAACAUCCAAUGGACAGAGCAGAAAUUGUCAGGGAUUUGCGUUCUAGGAACGAGUUUGGCAAGGGUGUUUUCGAGGCACCAGGAGCUUUGGAGCAUGUGGCCUUAAGGCGUGGGCAGAAGAAAGGAAAUAUAGCGCUACAUGCCCACAGUUUUGCUGGCAGACCAGCUAAAGGCGGUGAACCCUCCACUAAACAAGAUGAAUUGGACAAAGACCAAGUCUUUAAUAUUGGCUUGCAGAUUGUCAAAUGGGCCAAAUUUGACUCUGCAGAGGAUAUGGAAUUUCUAAAACAGUAUGCGUCUGUGUUCAAAGUAAAGACUGAUGCAUGUAAGAUGUUACUGGAUUGCCUCAAAUGUAAAAUGGCCGUCCCUCACAGAGAGAUGUGCUUUUCUAGUGUAAGAACUGUAGUUCCUGCUGUCAUGAGGAGCCCCAGAAUUGACAAUGACCUGUUGGAUUUGUUGGUUAGAACCAGAACUGUGAAAACCAAGAAUGAUUUCUUUAACGCAAUCAAACCAUUUGACAUGGAGAUGAUGUUGGUCCAGAAGAAUUUGCUGCAUUGUAUAACGCCUUUGCUGCUUGCCUGUAAUGCAUAUGAAAUAAAGCACUUUGCUCUCACAGACCCAAGAGAGCUAUUUGUUGCCCUCAAGAGCACUGUGUUGUUGUGCCGGCAGUCUCUAGUCCUGAUAGGUCAGACAUUUGCGAUGAUUAGCGCUGCCAGACAGAAUAACGUUCUUAAUUUGCUAAGCAUCUCGGAUCCAAAUCUGAAGCCUAUAAACUUUCCAAAUUUCAAGAGCUGUUUUCUUUUUGGAGGAAAGUUUGUUUCACAAUUGACAACCUGGCUUCAAAACAAAGACAAUAAAUUAAUCUUAAAAUCCCAAGCCAAGGUACCCGAUGAUAAAAAAGUUGCUAAGAAACCAUCAAAGCCUGAAGUAGAAAGUCAAGAAAAGAAAGCCGCUGAUGUCAGUGCUAUUGCUACUAUUGAUCAGCUUUUUGAAAAUGCAAAAAAAGGCAACCAGGCUGCAGGAGCAAAGUCUCAAUUUGGGUUCUUGUUUGAUGAGGGUAGCAAUGAAUAUAAAUAUUAUCGUCAAAAGUUUGUAGAAUUUCAGGAAUCCAAAAAUCUGAUACAAACACAGAGCACACAGACAAAAAGUUGUAAGCGGUCUCCUGAAGAGUUGGCUACUGAUUCAGUGAGGGCAAUGCUGUAUGCAAGAAAGGUACAAAACUUGAAGAAGAAACUCUUCAGGACCUUGGCCUUCUCAAGAAAAAGAAAGCAGGCCAAACUUAAGAGACGUGUGACAAAGGAAUUGCCUUCUGUUAAGGAGGAAAAGAAGGUUGAAGAACAAGAACUAAAAUCUAUACCAGCAGAAGAAACUACACCAGAAACCUCUGCUUGUGAAGUAGAUGUCAAGUCUGAGAAGAUUCCAGAUACAAGCUCUGUGUCCAGUAGUCCACCUGCUCAGAAAGUAGAGGAAAAAGUGGAGGAAAAAGAACCAGUAGCAACAGAACCACUGGAUGUUGAUGAGAAGACCAAGGAUACGGCUAUAAAGUUGGCGGAGUUUGUUGCUCAGAUGGGACCAGAAAUAGAGCAGUUCAGUAUGGAGAACAGUGUAAACAACCCAGAGUUUUGGUUUUUAUGUGACAAAGAAAGUCCUGCAUACAAGUUCUACAGGAGUAAGGUGGAGGAGUUCAAGCAAACUGAAGAGGCAAUGUCUGAUAAUGAAGAAAUUGGCCUAGAGGACUGUGAUUUGGAAAAUAUAAGGACUGGAGAUGAACCACAAAAUGAUUCUGAUGUGGAAAUUGAUGCAGAGUGUGAAGCUGCUGAAGCGCUGAGCACAGAGAGUGCUCCAGUAGCUGCAUUUAGUCAAAUGCCUACUCCAGCUCGCCCUCCCAUAGCACGAAAAAGAGUGGCAAAUCUGAAGGUUGGCUUGCUUCCACCCAAAAGAGUGUGUCUUGUAGAAGAACCCAAAAUUCACGAUCCAGUACGUAUUGAAUAUGAACGUCCACGGGGGCGUUCACGCCACAGAAUGAAGAAACCAGUGGAUUUACAGUAUGCCAAUAAGAAGAUUACCCAGCAGAAUGUGGGUUUUAAGAUGCUGAGUAAGAUGGGCUGGCAAGAAGGUCAAGGACUUGGCUCCCGUGGUUCGGGCAUCAAAAAUCCCAUUAACGUGGGCACAAUCUCUGCUGGAGAGGGCUUGGGGGCUGAAGAAAAGAAGUCUGGCAAUUCUGCAAACUUUGAUGCUUUUCGUCAAAGGAUGAUUGAGAUGUACAAGCAGAAAAUUACCAAAUGAUGAGUAGGAUAAUGGAAACUGCUGAAAUCUGAAGCUACUUUUUCCAGUAUAUUUUGGGUCACAAGUAGGACCCCCAUAGUUUUCAAACUAAAAUGUAUGUCGUCUUGAUCUUUCCACAAGAUGUUGUUGUUUUUUUUUUUUAAUGAGCUGAGAUACAUGUUUUGCUCAUGUAAAAAUGUGUAUAUCCUGUUGCACAUUUCAGAUGUAUGACUUUUACUAAACCAUUUAAGAAAACAGGUUUGUUAGCAGUUUUUUUGUGCUUAAUUUUUCUUUGCACAGCAAAUAUUAUCUGCCCUAAAUCUGUUAGUUAUUUUCAAGUGUGUCUUAAAGGGCUUGUACAGUGCAAAGAUAUUGAUUACUUCUCCUCAGGUUAGGUCAUCAGUAAUAUAAAGGUCGGGCCACAGCUCCCAACAUCCCCAAUGAUAACCUGUAUGAAGAGGUAGGAGUUGUACGAGUGCUGCUUCCUCUUCAAAUUUACAUGUGUGCCAUCUGACUUGCAAGUAAUUACAACAGCUUAUCCCAUUCUCUUGGGCAGCUGUAAUUACACUGACACCUGUACAAGUGGGACUAUGUGCAGGUAGGUCUGCUGAGGAUAGGUAAACGGUGUCUUUGCACUGCACAACCCCUUUAAAGUAGUUAUUCGAGCCUGGUAAUGCCCCCUCCCCCAUAUGCCUAGGUCUCACAUUGAAUCUACUUACCUGGCCCCCUGCGCCACUCUAUUGGCUUCCUCCAUCCCCUCCCUAACCCCAGAUGUUUUCAUCCGCUCACGCAAGAGCCAGGUAAUGAGAAUCGGUGUGAGGGGCCCAGGCAUAUGGGAUGGGGGGGGGGGGGGGGGUGGUAUUUCCAGGCUCAGAUAACCCCUUUAAAGUGUACCUAAACUUUCAGAAUAAGUUGAAAUGUAUGAGUUAUAGCACUAUAUCUGACCAUUAUGAAUUGUGUCUGAUCUUUUUAGCAGUCUAUCCCUUUGCAGGCUACAUCUAGAAUUCUCAGUUGUUCCUGGACUGGUGGCUAGACUAGCUAUUAUGUCUCCCCAUAAAAUACACAGACAGCAGAUUCUGCCCUGUUACUCCCUUAGAAGCACCGUAUAGGACAUUAUAGAGAUAUACUGAGCAGUGUAGAUGUGAAUAAAGUACCGUAUUUUUCGCCCCAAAAGAUGCAACGGCCCAUAAGACUCUCCUAGGUUUUAGAGGAGGAAAAUAGGAAGAAUAUUUUUCAUUACACCUCAGGUCAGACCCCCAAUAUUAGACUUCAGCUCACAGCCCCAAUCAGACCAAUGUUAAGAUCCUCAGUCAGACAUCAGAGCCCAAUAUAAAGACACCCCCCCCCCCCCCCCAUUCAGACUUCACAUGAGACCCCAUGCCUCAUAUAAGCCCCUAGCCAUAUUUCAGUAGCCCCCAGCCCAGCUGCUUACUGCCUGCGUCUUCCUCUGUUGGCUGUGCUCUAUUAACCAGCGCGUACAGCGUGUAGUCAGAGUGCCCUCAUGCCGUGCACAGCUGAGGACCAGGAAGAGGUGAGUACAAAGCCUUUUACCACUUCCUGGUCCUCGGUACCGUUCAUUAGUAUUCGCCCAUAAGACGCAGGGGCAUUUUUUCCCCCCACUUUGGGGGGGGAGGGAGAAGUGUAUCUUAUGGGGCGAAAAAUAUGGUAAUUGGCAUGAGAUAGAAGACUUUCUAUUAGCUGCUGAAUCACUCCUGUAUCUCUCUUCUGUCUGCUUGUUUCUUUCUGUACUUCCUCCAUAGAUUUCUAUGGGAUGAUGUAAUCUGAUCCUUCAGCAGGCUGGCAGCUGUCUUGGUCAAGACUGAUUUCUCGUCAUGAAUUGUUCUGUUCAGACCAAGUUGUCUUGGAAUCUUGGUGCAUCAAAAAGAAAGAUGUAACACAUAAUUGUUAUAUACAGUGCUGUGAAAGUAUUUGCCCCCAUUUGAUUUCUUCUGUUGACCAUUUCACACUAACAUGUUUCAGAUCAUCCAACUAAUUUUAAUACAAGAUAAAGACAACGCAAAAGUAGCUUUUUAAAUGAUCAUUUUAUUGAAGGUAAAGAUUUGUACAACAUGCAUAUGCGCACAUAUACACGUGGCCCCGGUGUAAAGACCACUGCCUAUGUGAUUGCAGCAGAGAGUGGUAUCGGCAGAGCAAGGGACGAGUAAAUGCUUAUUAAAUUGCCUUCCACAAAAAAAUAUAUAUAUAUAUAUUUGAUCUCCUUUAACAGCUCUGGAUGAAAUUGAUCCCUGUGCUCAAUACAGUUUGGUUAACUGGUUCGUUUAGUAGUUAAGCGGAGUUACCUUUUUUUUUUUUUUUUUUUUUACAUAGGGCAAGGUAGGGCUGAGCAGCAUUUUCAAUAAAUGAAAUACUCAUUCAAAAACUGCAUUUUGUGUUAAUUCUGCUUGUCUUUGUCUAAUAUGAAAUUAGUUUGAUCUGAAACAUGUAAUAGAUAAGGGGCCAUCUAAGUUUUCACAGCACUCUAUAUAUUUCUACACGUUACCAAAUUGAAAUAUGUAGAAUAAAUCACUUGUGUUCCUAUGCAGGGAACAUUCAUAGCACCAAAAGUUAAAUUGACCUCCACUUUCUAGUCACCACAUCAGCAGGCAAGUCUGUUUUUAUUACAACCCGUGCCUCUCCUUUAGAUGCAGAAUACAGGCUACUGUAAACUACAGUUUUGAGGUGUUUAGUUCCUAACAGUCUGUUUGCAAUGGGAAUGCUGCCACUUAUUGAAGCUAGAUUAGGAGUCAGUAUGUGUUUUUAUUGCUGUUUUAAAAUUGUUAAUUUGGAGAGGUAGAAUGUUUAAAUGCUUUUUUAUUUUUAUUUUUUUCAAAGUAACACUAAACUUUGAAUAAAAUUAAAUUGUUGCAAGUC